AAGUGGAGCCGGGCUUUCAAACCCCGAGGUGCAGAAUGUACAUCUGCUGCUUCUAACCACUCUGAGAAGUCACACGGCGGCGAAGCCGUCCUCGCGCGGAGCUGCGAUGAAACAUUAAUAUGCCGUGAAGAAUGGCUUGUCGAGCUUCAGUCAGGAGGUUUCACGCCGUCCCAUCAGUCACAGCAUCGCUUCAAGGACGGCGUACGUGCAAACGCAGGCGGUCCAUCGGCGCCCUCCAACGCGCUGACCUCCGACCCCCCGGCUGUCGCCGAGGCGACGGCGUCUGAGCCCGCUGCUGCUCCUGCACACUCAGCUCCAGCGGAGCCCGGCAGCAGCGUCCGGACCCACAGCCUCCCAGAACCCGGCAGCCGCUCCAUGCUGGACAGACGCAAGCCGCCGCCUUCAGGCUCCCCGCCUCCCGCCGCCCCUCCCCUCCCUCCCCCGCCGCCGCCCAAGCCCUCCUCCGGCCCCCCUCCCCCGGCGCCCCCCCCGGCCGAGAGCCCCCCGCGCCCGACCACCCUCAGCGUGAAGACGCUGCCGCGGCCGACCGCCAGGGAGAACGGCGGCCCCCCGGCCGGCGAGGACGAGGAGGAGGAGGAGAGGAAGCUGCUGGAGGAGGAUCUGAAGAAAUGCAUCGAGGACUUCAAAAAGAUCCGCCUGCCCAGAGAGUUUCCUGAUCGCAAGAGGCACUGGCAAAGCGAUUUGCUCAAGAAAUACAACGCGUAGAGCGCUUCGCUGAGGCUGAAAUGAUUGACAGAACUUCAUAACAAUGGAGGAGACGCGGUGUGAUGUGGAGACGUGUAGUUUGAACAUCAACAGGACAGGUUGUGUUAUUGUUGUAGUGCAGGGGCCCGGUCAAGUAGUCUGUCACACGUAGCAGGAUGCUUCAUUUACCUCCUAGUUGCUAAAUCCAUUGAUGACACACAGCGAUUUCUCUGUAUUCAGGCCUAAUAUGUGUAAUGAUGUUAAAAGGAGAUUUCCUGUCCUGCUCUUUGUACCAACUCCGCUGAUCAAGCGACGGGGAAAUCGCGAGUGAAAUGUGAGGCAUGCGACCUUGCUGACGCAAAAACAAAAGACAGAAGGGAAAUUUCUGGUGCUAAUCAAGAAAACGAUCUGGGCUCAUCAAUAUUAACCGUGUGACUUCAAAGGCGCUCCUCCUCCUCCUCCUCCCGCCGAAGCUCCGCGCCUCGGUUUGUUUUGUGAUUACAUUAUCUUCAAGCUAGGGAAAAAAGAAAAAUCCACAGAGAGAUGCGGUGUGUAGGGAAGCGAAGUGGGUAAUUACUGACGGCCAGCGUGUGGAAUAAUAAUGACAGUAAUGACUACAUGAACCAGUGCACGGUGCCAUUUGUUCUGUUCUGUUCUGCUCCGCGUAAAGUGUUCACCCAGCUUCACCAAUAAAUUACCAGGUGUGUGUGUGUGUGUGUGUCUGUGUGUGUGUGUGUCUGUGUGUGUGUGUGUGUGUGUACCGUGCUCUCCUCCUUGUUAUGGACUAUUCAGGCUGAGUUAUAAUAAAAUUAAAAUCCUCAUUUCCGUCA